GUAGUGUAGUGAUCUUGUAAAAUCUGGUGUCCGAAAUUGGAAACUUGCGCGCCUCUCCUUGUUUUUCUUAAACGGGAGGAUACGAAUCAAGAUCUCUCGUUGUUGUUUGUCAGUUCUAAAAUCACAAAACUUAUUUCUUCUGCUUUCAUCAAAGUGAGAUCGAAACUUUAUGUGAGAAUAACUUACCUGGGGGCCAUUUCCAUGGCGAACGCCUGGAAAAGAGACACGAACCAGAAGCUUUUGACACCCAAGACAUUAAUCUCUCUUCUUCUCCUCUCCAUCAUAUUACUCUCCUCUCGCUUCUUAUUCUCUUUCUCAUUUCUCCAAAACUCCAAUCCCAAUCAUUCAAUCAAUAUCCAAUUCCCAAUCCCUCCUUUCGACUGCUUCAAAUGUCCUCAAUCAAAUCCCAUAAUCGCAAACGUCGUCGAGAAUCUCAAAUACCCUUUUGUCUAUUCCAUCGCUGACAUUGGUAAUCUCCCGGGAAAUCCCAACAAGAACAUCAUCCGCCUGCUCAAAGGAAAGCCCUUUGGGAAGCCAGACAUCUCCGGCACGAUUCAGAAGGUAUUGGAGAAGAUGAGGGCUAAUGGCAAAGAUGGGUUUUUUCUCGAUGUGGGAGCUAAUGUGGGUAUGGCUAGCUUUGCUGCGGCUGCUAUGGGGUUUAAAGUGCUUGCUUUUGAGCCUGUUUUUGAGAAUUUACAGAGGAUCUGUGAUGGGAUUUGGUUCAACAGAGUUGCCUCUUUGGUUACCGUGUUUGAAGCUGCUGCUUCUGAUAGAAAUGGGGACAUAACCUUCCACAAGCUGGUUGGACGGCUUGACAACAGCGCCGUCUCAGAGGUGGGUGCAAGACUUCAUAUCAAGUCCCACGAAAUAGCAGUCCAAGUGAAAACCAUACCUCUUGAUGAACUUAUCCCCCCUUCUCAGCCUAUUCUUCUUAUCAAGAUCGAUGUUCAAGGUUGGGAGUACCACGUUUUAGCGGGUGCAAAAAAACUACUCUCAAGAAAACCAGCAGAAGCUCCUUAUCUAAUCUAUGAAGAGGAUGAAGGAUUGCUCAAGGCAAGCAAUAGUAGCUCUAAAGAGAUACGUGAUUUCCUAAAAAGCGUUGGGUAUAGUAAGUGUACUCAGCAUGGCACAGAUGCGCAUUGCACCAAGGAGUAAAAAUCGUGGACUUGCUGAAAAGUGGUAAUAAGAGUUCCAGUUGUCUCAUAAUAGUUUCUUAACAUUGAAAAUAAUAAUAAUAAUAAAUAAGGAAGAGACAAGAGGGAGUAAUAAUUAAGAUGGGUCUCUCAUUUAAGAUACUUUUGAACCA